AUGAAGGACCAUUUUCGGAGUAAAAAGACCUUUUUUGUGGCUCUUGACCGGCUGGAUGAUUCGGAUGAUUCGGAUGAUCAGGAUGAAGAGGAAACCAGCUGGAAGAGUCUCCUAACUUUGUCUGCAAAAGUUGACAAACUUAAUCCAAACAAAGUCGCUCUUUGUUCAGAGCGUAUCCCACUUCCUCGAGCAAGUUCGGACCCUAUAUCUUUGUGUGAUCUUCAAACCAAGAGAAGCGGUCCGGUCGCUGCCCCCAGACCUACUCCCACGCACCUCCCUCGGACGACUGGAACCAUGCCUAACAUCAAGAGCGGAGGGCCUCCUCAAAAGAAAAGAAAGACAAGCCAUGCUAAGAUAAUCCCAGAUGACCAACAGAUCUUCAAGGGAUUAAUAUUCUUCUUCUUCCCGAACAAUGAUGUAUCUCCCUUCCGACGAUUGCGGAUCCAACGAGCACAAGAUUAUGGUGCACGAUGGAGUCGAGAUUGGGCUGCAGAUGUCACCCAUGUGAUUAUGGACAAAGGCUUGCUAUCUAGCGAUCUCCUUAGCCACCUCAAACUCGAAGCUUUGCCAACGAGUGUUGCUCUUGUCAAUGAAUCCUAUCCAUCCGAAUGCAUCCAGUUUCGAUCGGUUCUUGACACCUCGCAGCUCCGCUUUCGUGUCAAUGGAACCCCGACAACCGCAGAGAAGAAGUCUCCAGUGGCAGAACUACCUCCUGAUUCCCUUCCGUUGAAGCCAUCUCGGCGGGAAAAAAACCAGUUUCCAGAACGUUGUUUGUCUCCAGUGGAGGAAUCGACGCCGAAUCUGCCAAAAGACUUCAAAGAAACCGUGCCCGAAAGUGUGUCCCACACCGUGAUCACCGAACCGGUUCAUGAAACAACCGAAGAGGCGUGUAAAAGAGCAAGCUGGGAGCGAGAUGCACUGGAUGAUAUAAUAGAUGAGGCCAAGGCCACAAGCCAUCUGCCUCUGGAUCCACUUGAAUUUCCCAUUGACGAAUCUGCUGCUGACAGCUCCGAUAUUGAAACCUCGAGCUCAGGGGAGGAGUCAAGUCGGAAGACACGAAAAACAUCCACUGAAGAAGCCAAAGGCAAAGACAAAUCUGACUGGACCAAAGGUUUCGCCUGUAUGCAGAAGUUCGAUCCGGACAUGAAACUUGCCAAUCCGAACACCCGAACCAUCGAGAUACUUCAGCAGAUGCUGGAAUAUUAUACCCAAACUGCAGACCAGUGGCGGGUUCUGGCUUAUCGCAAAGCCAUCACCGCUUUGCGAAAGCAACCAAACAAGAUUACCACACGAGCGCAGGCUCGGGCAAUCCCUGGUGUCGGAGAGCGGUUGGCUGACAAGAUUGAAGAAAUCGUCUUGACUAACCGCCUUCGUCGUCUCGAAAAUACCAACAACGCCCCAGAAGACUUGAUAAUUCAACAAUUCCUCGGCGUUUAUGGCGCUGGUCUUCUCCAGGCCUCCAAAUGGGUCGCGCAGGGCUACAUAUCUCUGAAGGAUUUAUUGGAAAGGGCUCCAUUGACCAAGCAGCAGCGUAUUGGGGUGGAACGUCAUAGCGACUUCGCGCAGCGAAUUCCCCGCAAGGAGGUCGAAGCCCACGGGGCGAUUGUGCGAAAGGCGGUGGAGGCUGUGGAUAGGGAUAUGCAGGUGAUAAUCGCGGGCUCUUACCGCCGCGGGGCACUCACCUGCGGGGACGUGGACUGUCUGAUCACCAAACCUGGUGCCUCGCUGGAGCAAAUCCGCACCAUGGUGCUCGGUCUUGUUGUCCCCAAAUUGUUCAGCAGUGGCUUUCUGAAGGCCAGCCUUGCCAUCUCGUCGAACCGUGAUGGAUCGAAGUGGCACGGUGCAUCAGCCCUACCUGGGACCACCCUGUGGCGUCGGAUAGAUUUACUGUUCGUUCCUGAUGCGGAGAUUGGGGCGGCGUUGAUAUAUUUUACGGGGAAUGAUAUAUUCAACCGGAGUAUGAGAUUGUUGGCACGCAAGAAACGCAUGUGCUUGAAUCAGAAGGGUCUUUACACGGAUGUGCUUCGGAGCCAGCAAGUGAAACUGAAUGGGGGCCGGUUGAUUGAGAGCCGGGAUGAACGCCGGAUCUUUUCUGUGUUGGGUGUGCCCUGGCGGCCUCCCGAGCACCGGAUCUGUUGA